AUGGGCAUGAAAGGUGUUCAUUUGUGUCGCAAACUUACAGUCCAAGAUGUUCUAGCUUCGUUAGGAUUGUGGAACAAGCAUGCCAAACUCUUGUUUUUAGGAUUGGACAAUGCAGGUAAGACUACACUGCUCCACAUGCUCAAAAAUGACAGAAUGGCGACAUUACAACCAACUCUUCACCCUACUUCAGAAGAGCUAUCCAUAGGCAAUGUCAGAUUCACGACCUUCGAUUUGGGCGGUCACCAGCAGGCCCGGAGACUUUGGAAAGACUAUUUCCCAGAAGUCAAUGGUAUUGUGUAUCUUGUGGACGCAGCUGAUUCUGAAAGAUUUGAAGAGUCGAAAGCCGAACUGGACGCUUUGUUCUCCAUAGAAGAAUUGGCAAAAGUUCCGUUCUUGAUUUUGGGCAACAAGAUUGAUUCACCAAAGGCUGUCAGCGAAAAUGAAUUGAGACAUUUCUUGGGGUUGUAUAACACAACAGGUAAAGAUAAGGUUCAAUUGACUGAUACGAGACCAGUUGAAGUCUUCAUGUGUUCGAUCGUCAUGAGACAAGGGUACGGCGAAGGAUUCAGAUGGCUAUCACAAUACAUUUGA